AUUGAUCUAACCUUGAUCUAACCACAGUGUAUAUGAUCUAACCCCAAUACUCAUUCCGCACUAUUCUGUUCAGCCCCAAUUCAAUUGAUAAAUAAAAUAUUGACGUUUUUGAUAUUUUGAUAUGCAAAAAAACUUACCUGUGGCCAAGGCCCUAAAACAUAAAACAUAAGGCCUCAUGGCAGAAGAUUCGCAAAUAUCAAUAUGCUGUCUCAAAUAUGAAAUAUUCAAUCUGCUGUCGAUAUCGUGCUGAGAAAUAUGUAGUUGUAUGAAUACGCGCCAACUCGUGAAAGCCACAUUUCGCCGGCGUCGCGCCACAUUCGCGUUGUUUACUGUGAGCGUGCUUCAGUCGGGCGUGCGGCGUGUGUUUCGUGGUGCUGCGAUAGAUGGCCUUGGUGCUGCGGAGAGCGAGGCAAUAGAACCUGGACAGGGUGGGAUCGGAUGGUGGAUAAGUGCUUUUCCGUUUUAAUAAAUCAUCAGAAAUGUCGGCGCGAAUGUUUAAGAAGACCACUUCCACGAUGUCUGUGUCAUCCGGCGGUUCCGCCGCUGCCAGCCCUGCCAGAAGCCGGUCACCUUCCAGUCCUGCCAGAACUACGCGGUUAGAGGAAAAACAACAGCUUGCUGGUCUCAAUGACAGGCUGGCUGCAUACAUUGAGAAAGUGCGCUCGCUAGAGGCUGAGAAUAACCGCUUGUCUCUCCAAGUGCGCACAUCUCAGGAAGUUGUUACGCGAGAAGUCUCCAACAUCAAGUCGCUAUAUGAAAGUGAGCUCGCAGAUGCAAGAAGGCUGCUGGAUGAAACAGCAAGGGAAAGAGCGAAACUGCAAAUUGACUUAGGGAACUUGAAAACGGAAAGGGAUGAUCUUGCUGCCAAGCUGGUGCGCCGCGAGCGCGAGCUGGAGGGUGCCGAGAAGCAGGUGUCGCUGCAGGAGGCGCAGGUGCGCGACCUGCAGGGUCGGCUCAACCAGGCGCUGGCCGACAAGAAGAAGGCGCAGGACGACCUCAAGGAUGCGCAGCUGGAGAACAUGAAGCUGAAGAAGCAGCUGGACGAGGUGCGGAAGCAGCUGGAGUCUGAGGCGCUGGCCCGCGUCGACAUGGAGAACCGCUGCCAGAGCCUCAAGGAGGAGCUCGAGUUCAAGACCAACGUGUACGAGGAGCAGCUGACGGAGACGCGCAGCAAGAAGACGGAGGAGAUCACGGAGCUGGACGGACAGCUGCAGACCGAGUACGAGGCGCGCCUCCGCCAGUCGCUCCACGAGCUGCGCGAACAGUACGAGAUGCAGAUGCGCGUCAACAGAGAGGAGAUCGAGACCAUCUACGAGUCCAAGCUGGAGGACCUGCGCGCCGCCCAGUCGCGCAACCAGUCGUCCACGGCCACCACGCUGCGCGAGCUGCGCGAAACUAAGGCGCGCAUCGACGACCUGCUCGGCAAGAUCAGCGACCUCGAGGGCACCAACACCACGCUGCUGGCGCGCGUGCGGGAUCUGGAGCGUCAGCUGGACGAUGAGCGCACGUCGAGCGCCUCGAUGCUGGUGGCCAAGAACGAGGAGAUCGAGCGGCUGCAGGAGCUGAUGCAGCAGCAGCUGCAGGAAUACCAGGACCUGAUGGACAUCAAGGUGGCUCUGGACGUCGAGAUCGCCGCCUACCGUAAACUGCUCGAGUCGGAGGAGGCCCGGCUGAACCUGUCGCCGGGCGGACGGCACGUGGUGGAGGUGAGCGCCAGCUCGUCGGCCCGCGGCUCGCGCGCCACGCCCUCGGCCGGCCGCGCCGGGAAGCGCAAGCGGAUGGUGCUGGAGUCGGAGGAAGCCUCCACCAGCGGGUUCGCCGUGGCCAACACGUGCCACGGAGACGUCGAGAUCGUCGACGAGUGCGCCGACGGCAAGUUCGUGAAGCUGCGCAAUAAGUCCAACAAGGAGGUGUCUCUGGGAGGCAUGCAGCUGGUGCGCAAGGCGGACGGGAACGAGACCGACUACAAGUUCCACCGGGCCAUCAAGCUGGGCGCCGGCGAGGAGACGACCGUCUGGGCGUCGGAGGCGGGCGCCGUGCACGACGCGCCGCACAGCCUGGUGAUGAAGGGCCAGACGUGGUUUGUGGCCGACAAGAUGACCACCACCCUGUACGACAUGGAGGGAGAGGAGAUCGCCCAGCGCGUCUCGCAGCGGGAGAACCGCUCUGCCAGUUUCACCACGUCGCGCCAGCAGGUGAUCGCCACUGGCUCUGAGGAGACGGCCGAGGGCGGCGCCGACGAGUCGCGCGGCAGCGACUGGAGCCUGCUCAACAUCUUCGGCGGCGGCCGGCGCGCGCUGCGCCAGUAGCGGGCCGAGCGCACCCGCAGGUGGGUCUCCGGGCCGGGCCGGGCCGGGGCGACGGCGGCCGCCGGGGCCAGUAGCAGACGCCGCCCAGCCGCUCGCUGACUGGGCUGUGCCCGCGCUGCACUGUGUCUGGACUGUGGGGUGCCCUGGUGAUGGGGCGCCCCGUCUGGCCGCGCAGUGCCGCCGCCCGCGCCCCGCCCGCCCGGACGGCCCCCCCACCCCCACCCCCGUCACCCCGCCGCCAUCGUGCUCGCGUCAUCAGCCGAGCGGCCGCCGCCGGCGCCUCUCCUGUCGCCGCCGCUCCGGGCGCCGGCCGCCGCAGUCGCCCAGACCACCGCGGCCGCCCGCGCGCUUUUAGACACACCUUUUCUGGCUUUGUGGCUUCGUUGUAGUUGGCGCGGUCCGGCCGUGUCUGUGUACCGGUCCGUGGUAUCCGUGAGAGCGGGCUCGUCCCGUGGCGUACAAACCACUGCCGCUGCUGGCCGCCCGUCCGCCGGCCGGCCGGCUGGGAGGUGCCCCCCCCCCCGUCCCGUCCCGUCUGCGGCUGGGAGGUGCCCCCCCCCUCCGUCCCGUCUGCGGCUGGCGGAGAGCAGCCGUCGUCUGUCGUCUAUCUCGCGAUCCCCGACCCCCCCCCCCCCCUGAUCGUUGUGCUCCGGUUCACUGCCUGGCGACGCUGUCGCCGACCAGUUGAUGUAUUCAUUCGCAGCGUUCAUUCCCAGAAGGGGUCUUACUUGCGUGACAUUGUCUCCUGGCGCCGACUGCGCAUCCCGGCGCGUCCGAUCCCGUCUUCUGUGCCGGUGUCGCGCCUCCCAGCCGGCGGCGGCCAGCCGUUUUAUUUUUGUAUAGGUUAGUGAGCCCAGACUCGUCCCAGAGAGGUGGUGCGUAAUAAACUGUUCCAAAUUUGA